CUAUAUAUUUCGCUCUAACGACGGUUUUUUCUUUUGUUACUCUACCUUUUCUCUUGUCUUUCAUCAAACUAAUCGUGUCCGUUCAAUCUCUUGAGAUGGACCUACCAAUUCUCUGCUCUAACAACUGUGGAUUCUUCGGCAGUGAUGCAACAAAAAAUCUCUGCUCCAAGUGCUACAAAGAUUUCGUCCUCAAGCAAUCAACGGCCAUGAUUGUGGGACUACCAAUUCAGUUGGCCCACGGCAGCGGCAAUGAAGGAGGGACCACCAAUGCUAAUGAUGGUCCUGCGAAACAACUCCCGAAUCGGUGCGGGUUAUGCCGGAAGCGUGUCGGGCUCACGGGCUUCCAGUGCCGAUGCGGAGGCACGUUCUGCUCCGUACAUCGAUUCUGGGAUAAGCACGACUGCUCGUUUGAUUUCAAGAAGAUGGGCCGGGAUGUGAUCGCAAGAGAGAAUCCAACCGUUAAAGCGGAUAAGUGCGAGAGGAUUUGAAUUUGGUUUUUGCAGCCAAACAGUUAUACUGGAUUGAUUACUUUUGUUUUUUUUUUCUUUUGCUUUUGAAGAUACUGAAUUUGGUUUUUGUAUCCAAACAGCCUAGUUUUUUUUUUUUUUUUUGGAACAAACCCACCCCAUUGGAUCCCUCUAACCCAAAUCAAUGCUGCGCCAGCUGUGAGCGUGGGCUAAGAAAUCCACAAGGGUUGGGUGUAGUGGUGGGUUUUCGAUUUUACUAAUGUGACAGCCCAGGCCUGUCCUAAUUAGUUAUCUUGCCUAAGGUCAUUAUCGUUCCUUGAUUGUAUGCUAGUGGAUCGUCUGACAUUUCCACUGGAGGGCCUACGAGAUGAGUGGCCAGGAUUGUGAAUUUCAUAUGGCUUAGAAAAAUAGGUCAAGUUAUAUGUCGCCCAUAUGGGUCGGAUCAAAACCAUUCAUUUCAUGGUUCUCAUAGAGGUUGGGCCAUGGUCCAAAAUUCUAAGUGUUUAGAUAGUUCUGGACCUGUACUGGUGGCAUAAAAAAGAACACUAAAAG